CAAACUUGAGGUGCUUCAAACGUUCUGCUGUGUCAAUCGGUACUCAGUCACAGGUAGUGACCAUCGGCAUCGCCCCAGAGAUGAAACUGUGUUCAUCCGUUCGCUCCGUUUCCGUCUUUCUUUGCUCUAUUCAUUUUCUCUCCACAUGGGAAGGUGUUGCAACCGAGAACCUUCUGCCUCAGUGGCAGUUCGAUGAAACUUCUCGCUGGACUAAAUUUAAGUCCGAAAUUUACCGGGAGAGAUGGACAGACGGGAGACAUGUCAAAGUUGCGGAGUGUAGAGAGGAGCGCCAUACGAAAUGCUACGACUGUUGGUCGGUUUCUGACUUUAUCAAAAUCUCUUCAAAGAAGGCCUACGAGUUUAGCAUCUACAUCAAAUCAACGGGAAAAGACAUGCACAACUACUUCGGAUUCUAUGUCUACGACAAAAAACAAAUACAAAUAACCAACGGUAAGUGGAAAAACCCAUAUUUCAAAAGCAGUGCAAACGAUCCAAACCAGUGGACAAAGUGGACAGCUUACAUUCUCCCUCACGAAAUGUUCGACCAUGACAAAGAUGGAAUUGCCAACGGCCAGUCAUUCCACACUAAUGGAAUCGACUGGAUUUGGACUCUCCCAUCCUGA